CUAUUUACUCUUCCACUCGAGUAUUAGUCGUCUAUUAUUUAAAUUAAAAUGGAUAAAAAAAUGAAGGAAGUUGUUGCUGUUGUAACAGGUGGUAGUUCUGGAGUGGGUAAAUCAAUUGUUGAACGUAUAAUAAACAACAAUGGUAAAGUUAUUGUGAUAGAUAUUAAUGAAGAAAAAGGUGAAAUUUUAGCUAAAACAUUGGGAAAUAAUGUUUUGUUUAUUAAAGCAGAUGUGACAUCAGAAAAUGAAAUAAAACAAGCUUUGGAUAAAAUAAAAGAAGAAAAAAUUUUUAGUGGCAUAAAUGUAUUGAUAAACUGUGCAGGUAUUGUUGAAUGGGGUGUCCCAUAUGAUUUCGAUGGCAACACACCAUUGCCAUUGGAGAAUUACAAAAGGGUGAUGGAUGUAAAUGCCCUUGGGACAUUUAAUAUCACGCGUUUGGUUAUAAAUGUGAUGAUAGAAAAUUUACCUGACGCGAAUAACCAACGUGGUGUAAUAAUUAAUAUUGGUAGCGUUAUGGCAACUGAUGGUAGGGAGGAUUUGUUUGCUUACUGUGUUAGUAAGGCUGCUGUUGUUGGAAUGACUUUGCCCUUAGCCAGAGCUGUUGCCAGCAAAGGUAUACGAGUUGUUACUCUAUCACCUGGUUAUGUUGAUACACCAAUGGCACGUACUAUGGGACCAAUUGAAAAAAUAAAUCAAGCGAUGCUGGAAUUAAAUUUAUUUCCCAAACGAAUUGGUCAACCGGAAGAAAUAGCACAUGUCGUGCAAUGUAUUAUUGAAAAUCCAUUUAUAAAUGCUGUUAAUAUAACUGUCAGCGGUGGAUAUCAUUAUGUUAAAUAAUCAUUUUUAUAAAAAUAUUCUCUAUUUACUUAUUCAU